AUGAAUCCUCUUCUUGUGCUUGGAUCUAUCCUUUGUUUAGUUUCUCUUUCUUAUGCAAGGGAUAUCAAAAUGGGGGUCUUUCUUCCUUUCACUGGUGGUUGGACUGGUGGUCCCAGGAUGGCAUCAGCAAUUCUGAUUGCUAGGGACAAAGUAAACAGUGACCCUUACUGGCUUCAAGGACAUAACCUGACCUUUGUACUUAAAGACAGCAAAUGUGAAGCAGGAGCAUCUCUUGCAACAUUGGUGGACUAUUACACAAUAGAAAACCCCAAAGUUGAUGUCUACAUUGGUCCUGGAUGUUCAGUGGGAUGUGUCCCUGGUGCCUACAUAGCAGCUCACUGGAACAUUCCCAUGGUAUCUUGGGGAUGCGCAGCGACAGUACUAUCAGACAAAACACUCUAUCCUUAUUUUGUACGGACAACUGGUACAUUUGCUGGUUUGGGAGAUCUCUUAAGGGCCAUCUUAGCAAAAUUCAAAUGGGAUCGCAUAGCAAUCAUGUCUUCAACAGAAACAGCUUUCUCAGCGGCUGCUAAUGAUGCAAAGGUCACCAUAGAGAAAGAUGGCAAAUAUUCAGUACCCUUUUUUGGUAGCUUUUCCCCUGGAGCAACUGACCUCUUCAAACUUAAAUCCAUGGUCAGGUCAAUGGCAACCAAGGCACAUGGUAAGUAACAAGAACAAACCUGACAGAGGACAUGCAUACAGACAAUAUUGGCUUAUAUUCAUGAACCUUUGUGUUCUUUAUUACAAUUGCUAACUGCUGUAAGCUUAAUAAUUUAUAUUAAAUAAAAGAUCAUGAUAAAAUAGAGUUGUAAAUUGACCAAUUUAUCUUCGCUUUACAGUUGUAAUGGUACUUUGCUAUAAUGAUCUUAUGAGAAGUCUAGUGCUUAUCUUCAACGAGCUGGGCCUGUUGAAUGGGGAUUAUGUGAUAAUUUCCGCUGAGAUACUUUAUGAGUCAUGCCAAGCUGGUGAUGAAAGAGAUGAUGAGGCUUGCAAAGCUUAUGAAGGAAUGAUUGACAUUAGUCAGUACAUUCCAGAUUCACAGGACUAUACAGACUUUAUUACUGAUGUUUACAACAGGAUGCCUGAACUGAACUACGCAAUGAGUGCACCUAAUGAAGUAAGUACACCUCUUACACACCUGAAAUGUAUUUAAGCAAGACAUUACCCCUAAAGCUGAAAUCAUCAACUGUGAUUCAUGAAAUAAAAUGAAACAAAUUAAAGAGGACAAAACUCAACAAUGCACCAAGUUAUAUCAUGAAUAAGUCUUCCCUAGACCCCUAUCAAUCCCAACGCUUCAUUAUCAGCCUACUGAUCAUAAAAUGACUUAAUUAUAUUAUUGCUUUUUUUCUGCUAGACUAGCUUCUAUGCUGCUUACCUUCAUGAUGCCAUUCUUUUGUAUGCAUAUGCCCUAAAUGAAUCUUUGACCAAGGGUGUGGCCAUAACUGAAGGAGCAAAUGUGUCUAAGUCAAUGAUAGGAAAGCAAUUCAUAGGUGAGCAUGCUUUUAAGCAAAAUUUUUGAUAAGAUGGAUCCUUAUUGAUACACCCAGUUUCACCUAUUAAUAUAUAUUUAAAAUGUCCCUUUCAAGCAAUAUUGUCAUUUGCAUUAUUUUAUUAAGUACAGAUAAACCACCUUUGUGUCAUUAUUCUACAUCACUACUGACAAUAACAUUAAUUUUCUAGCAAAACAGUGUCACUGAGCUCCAAAGAAAAAAAGCUUGUGAAUAUUCAUGUGUAAGAGCUGAAGAGAAUUCUUUUUUCUCCAAUGCUAAUAGGUGCAUCAGGUCCUGUUGGUAUUGAUGAAAAGGGAGACAGAGUUGCCUCUUACAGGCUGCAAUCAUUUCUACCCGGCAAGUCACUCGCAAGAAUUGCAAAUUAUUUUGGCACAACUGGAGAACUUCAGUUUUUGAAUCAAACAAUCAUGUGGCAUGGUGGUACCACAAAGAUUCCCAUUGGAAGACCAGCAUGUGGUUUUGACAAUGAAUUUUGCAAAGAGGCUGCAAAAGGUAAAGGAAAAAUUUAUAGAGUCUAGUUGAACAAGAUAUGAGUUCCCUGUACACAUUGGAAACAGUAAGCAAGAGAAAGUGUAUGAUAAUUCCAGCAUGCAGAUAACCAGGUCAAAAAUAUAGGUUGUGGGGCUAAUUAAUGUACUGUCAAAAGACCAGGCCCAGGUUGUUCAAAACUGGAUUAAGAUAACACAGUGUGAAAUUUGAUUUCAGGUCUGAAAACUUGAAAAGAAAAUUCAGUUCACAUCUUUUUGCUUGUAAUUUGAUCAUUGUAUGUUCUAAAAAGAAUUAGGAAAAUUUUCCCUUAAAGGCUUUUGAACAAAGAAAUAAAGAAACCUGGAUUAAAAUUUAACCCUGGGUUAGCACUAAAAAACUGAGCCCAGAGGGUUAUAAUAAUAGUGCACCUAAAAGUGAAGUUAACAUCUCCAACAUAAUCACGCCUUUAAGUUCAUCAUUGAUUUCAAUCGUAACUGUCAUAACUUUUGUUUUCUAGAGGAGGAUCCUACUUGGCCAUACAUCUUGGCAGGAUGUCUUACCUUUGUUUUGAUUGUUUCAAUUCUGGUUGGGUUUUUAUUGUGGCAGAGGUAAGCUUGUAAGUGUUUAGAAAAAAAUUAGUAAUCUCUUGAACUUUAACGUCCUGGAUGAGAAAUGGUAUAGAAAAAGACUUAAACCCACCAAAAUAUUAACAACAGUCUCUGAAAUCUCUUUUGUUUUUUCACCUUCAUCUUUGUUGGUGUUCAAUAGGAAACAAGCUUUUGAAGCAUCACUGUUGGCUCAAACAUGGAAAGUGGAAUAUGAUGACAUACAAUGGCCAAAGAAUAAAGGGAAGCUAGGGAGUAGAAAGAGUGGGGUAUGUCAGUGUUGAUAUGACUGAUGCUCUGUGUCAAUUCCUAUUUAAAUUUGUAUUAUUUUCUAGUCAUAUUCUCCAACCAUUCUUGUAUAAUGAAAACAUCUUAAUGAACAGAGAGAACAUGGAAAACUUGGACUGUGUUACAAAAUUGCCCAAUCAUAGAUCUAAGCAUCAAUACUUAUUUUAGACUAAUAAAUUACUCUUCUUAACUCUUCUCUGCAGCGAAGUAUGACAGCCGCAAGUGAGCGUGGCUCUAUAGAGGACCUCCGAGGACAAAUAUUCACUGUUCUUGGAAUUUAUGAGGUUCUCUUUAACUCUUUAUUUCUCAUCAGGAACAAAUGCUAAUUUAUUUGUUUACUCGUCAGAUUUCUCAUCUUAGGAUUGUCAUUUUAACAAACAUGAAAUUGAUCUUUGAGGAAAUAUUUAUUCAUGUGAAAUUCAUGGUUGUAUACUGUAACUAAAAUACUUGGUGCAAUUUAAAUACCUUGUACAAAAAGCUCUCUUAGUGAAAUGCUGCAAACUUGGAAUCUGCAUAAUUUUAGAUUAAAUAACUGAUUUUGUGAAGGCCUUAGGGGUUUAUCAGUUGAUGCAGUUUCUUUAUUCAUUUUGUAUAUCACUUUGGGGUUUAUCAGUUGAUGCAGUUUCUUUAUUCAUUUUGUAUAUCAUCCCUACUUUUUAACACUUUAUAAAUUAACUUGUUGUACAUUUAGGAAUCAAGGUAUUAAAAACUAUUUAAAGGAAUCAAAUGGCACAAAGGCCAACUUAAAAAUGUCUUUCAUAGUAAAACAAGGUAUUAAAACUUAAAGUCUUUACUUUUUGUCAACAUAUACAUAUGGCAAUAGAGCUAUCUGUUAAGGACAUUGGUGACUGGAGGCUGGAUGCUGUGCAACAAACUCAAGUUAAAUCAGGAUAAGACGGAACUUUUGGUUAUUAGUUCUAAUUAUCAUCCACGACCACCCCUGGACUAUAUGCAAAGAAGUAAUCAAAUCUAGUAAACAGGCCAGGAACUUAGGAGUUGGAUUCGAUCAAUAUUUAGAUUUCAAAGAACCUGUGAAAGUAAUAUGCAAGAGUGCAUUUUUCCACAUUCACAGUAUUGCUAAAAUUAGGUGAUACCUAUCCCAGAGUACUACUGUGGCUAUUGUUCAUGCUUACAUAACAUCACGUUUGGACUAUUGUAAUGCCCUACUGUAUGGUCUCCUGAAGUAUCUGAUUAAUAGACUUCAGCUUUUACAGAACUUGGCAGCUCACCUUGUUACCUUGACUAGAAGGCAGGAACAUAUCACACCAAUACUAAGGAGCUUACAUUGGCUGCCAGUUCAUUAUAGGAUAGUUUUAAAAAUAUUGUUGCUGACUUACAAAGCUCUGAAUGGACUGGCCCCAGAUUACAUUAAAGACCUAUUGAAGUAAUUAAUGACUCUCAUCACACACUUAGAUCUUCAAACAACAGGUUGCUUGAUGAGCCUAGAACGAAUUUUAAAACAUAUGGUGAAAGGGCUUUUUCCGUGGUGGCACCAAGGCUCUGGAAUAAACUAUCACUCCAGAUCAGGCUUUCGUCAUCAGAGGCAGCUUUUAAGGCUAAUUUUAAGACUUAUCUUUUUAAGCGUGCAAUUGAUUUGUAGUUUUUACUGGUAGUUGUGGUGUAUUUAAUUCUUAGGAUUUUAAUUUUUACGGUUUUUAGAGUAUUAUAAAGUGCCAUGGACAAUUAAUAGAAGAUGGCGCUAUAUAAAUGUAUUCAAUUAAUUUAAUUACUUAUAAGUAAUUAAUUAAUUUAAUUACAUAGUUCAGCUUUUCCCAACAAUUGUAACCCUUGUCAAUUAUGGACUCUGAUUCUUGACAGGGGAAUUUAGUGGCUGUCAAAAGAUUACAGAAGGCCAAAGUUGCUCUGGAACGUGAAGUGCUGUUGGAACUGAAAGAGGUAAAACAGAAAAUUGAAGUCUUAACUUCCCUCUUUUUGAUAACUUUCCCUGCUUCUACAUUAUAAUAUUUUUAGAACAAAAAAAGCUCCAAAAGUCUGAGUCAGAUGAAUGUAUCAGAUGUAUCUGAACAGUAGAAAGCCAUCAAAAUGAGGUUAAAAAUGUUUAUUUAUUUUGUAAAUUUGCAAUUGCUAUAAGACUUCUAUCGAAAAGGUCUUUGUUUACUCAGAUGAAAGAUAUCAACCAUCAAAAUGUUAACACAUUCAUUGGUGCCUGUAUUGAUCCUGGAAACAUCUGCAUCUUAACCCAGUACUGCAACAAAGGAAGUCUCCAGGUAAAAUAAGAACUGAUUUGAAAUGACAAAUUAUCAGCAUAUCUCGCACUUAACUGGGUCUUGAGGUCUUAUUUUUUCAGACCAAAAAAGUGCACUCUUUUCAUAACUGAAUAUUUUUCAGGAUGUGUUGCAUAAUGACAGCUUGAAGUUGGAUUGGAUGUUUCAGAUGUCAAUUUCAUCGGACAUUGCAAAGGUGUGUACAGUUUUUGGUACUGCAGUCAGUUUGAUGCUCUAUCAACCUUACCAUCUUCAUAUUCUAGCUACACAAUUUGAGAUAAAUUCCAUGUGACUUCUUACCAAAAGGUACACAAUAUUUUUACUGAGCACUUUUUGUCACUUUCCUCCCUAUUUAAUAACUGCUUUAAAAUGAACAAUUCAACACCCUUAGUAUGUUAGUUGAAUAACUAGUUAGUAGUGAAAAUAAUUUUUAUCCAGUGUAACUUAGUUGAGAUUUGCCUGGUUUUCUAGGAAAAUAAACAUUUCCUGUCUCUCAAAUAAGCUGCAUUUUAAUCAAUCCCAUAGCAUGAGCUGAAUUCAUAGUCUCAUUCAUCAAAAGAUAUUUUCCAUCAAUUUAUUGUUCAACAGGGCAUGCACUUCCUGCAGAAUAGUCCAGUUCAGAUACAUGGCAACUUGAAGUCAUCAAAUGUGUUGAUUGACAGCCGCUGGACAUGCAAACUAACUGACCAUGGGUUGUUUCUCUUCAAAGAAGGACAGGAGAUUGAUGUGGAAGCUGGUGAAGAUUCCAAGUAUUAUGGUAAAUACAUUUUUGAUGUGAAAAGGAGAUUGGUUCAGUCCAAUAAUUUUCUGAUUCCUUUCUAAUUUAAGACAAUCUUUGGAAAGCACCAGAACACAUCCUCAAUGACCAGUAUCCUCAUUCUCAACCUGGAGAUGUGUACAGCUAUGGAAUCAUCCUUUCUGAAAUUGUAACUCGUGGUUUACCCUUCAGCAUGUAUGGGGACUUGUCAGCUCAGGGUAUGUAUUCUGUGCCAAUUUUUUAAAGGUAGCACUGAAACUACAUUACAUGAAUGUAAGUCUAGCUAUUUUGAUUUAGUUUCCCCAAUAAAAACAGGGUCACAAACAUUUUUUAUCAGUUAGACCCAGAAAGAUAAAAAUUAAUGAUUGGAAGCACUUCUAGGAGGAUUGAGUGUUGCUUCAAUGACCUACAAUUAUCAGAAACGGAAACCUACUAGUUCUGCAAUAAUUGGGAAUUUGUUUGAUACCAUUUGAAAAGAAUCAAGUAUUGACAGUACUGAUUUGUAAGAGAAUUAGUGCUUUAAAACAAACCAAAAUGUUGGUUUAGCCUUGUAUACUUUGCUGCUAAUCUGAAGCUUUCACAUGCAGGAAGGAUAUUAGAUAAAUGGGUACACUUUGUGGGGGAACCUAAAAAUUCCACCUAUUUUAUUGCUCGUCUGCUCAUAUUCACUCAUCCACCACUCAAAGUGAACAAUGGUACAUAAAACUACCACUUACACAAGCAUAGCUAAGGAUACCUUCAAGUAAGGUUGAAGUUUUUAUUUUUAUGAUUUAAAAUUCCACUUAUGUAUAACUUUGAUUUAACAUUUCUUAAGCUGUUGUUGAGCGUGUUAAAAAAGGAGAGAUCCCAUCCUUCCGCCCACGUAUCACCAAGGACACUGUAGGACAUACUCUCUAUGUUGACAUGAUGAAACUGUGCUGGGAUCAGGACCCACUCGCCAGGCCUAAGUUUUCGGACUGCAUCAAAUAUCUUAAGGAGAUGAACAAAGGAAAGUAAGUGAACAGAUGACCGAGUUUGGAAGGUUUCUGUUGUAAUUAGAGUUUCAUUACACACGUUUGUUACAUCUAUCUCAAAACACUAAGUCUCUGCUUUACACAUUUUAAAGACAAAGAUGUGUAAGGUAUUGUCAGUAAUUUCAGAAUUUGGGUUUGAGGCAUUUAUGAUGAUGGCUUACGAGAGACACACUAUUCGUAAAUUUGUUUUAAUUUCUGCUUGUUUUCUUCAGGGCCUUCAACAUUAUGGAUACUAUGAUCACCAUGAUGGAAAAGUACACAGAUCACUUGGAAGACAUUGUCGCUGAGCGAACAGCUGAGCUUGCAGCUGAGAAAGCAAAGACUGACGAGCUUUUGUACAGGAUGCUUCCAAAGUAAAUUGCACUUAAAACUGCCUAGAAUUAAGUACCAUGCAAACCUUUUUCAAUACAAUUCAUAUAAGAAUAAGGAAUAAGCCAGCUGCCUUACCCUGCAACAGUCAACAUUCACGGUACCUUGAUAUACAUUUGGUGUCAGGUAUACGCAUGGCGUGUGCCAAUCCAGCUAUGGUUUCCAAGAGGUGAUGAAGGCUUUGUUUGGUUGGAUUUCAGGCUGUUCAGAAAUCUUACUUUUUAUUCUUUCCAUAAUUUGACUUAUAUAUUCUUGACUAUCUCUGUGGAAAAUUUCAACUACUUCCGAAGAUCCAAAUACGCCGCCAUUUUGUGUAUUCUCUAACCCAGUCUUACAACCUGUGCUCACGGUCGCUGAUAUUUGAUGGUAUUUACGAUGACAUCUUUUGUAAUCACUCUCAUGCUACUUACUUCUUUGUUUGGUUUUGUUUGAUGACAGGUCUGUGGCAGAGGAACUUAAGAGAGGGCAGCCUGUUACUGCCGAAACCUUUGAUUCCGCUACACUUUUUUUCAGUGAUAUCGUUGGUUUCACCAAGCUAGCAUCUGAGAGCACGCCCUUACAGGUACAUAUGCUACCGAAUAUACAUGUCGUAAGUCGACCUCGUGAUAUCGAUUUGUUAGAAAAUACUUUUUUUUGGUUUAUGUGUUUGUAGAUUGUUGACUUGCUUAACGACCUGUACACUUGCUUUGACGAAAUCAUUGACAUGCAUGAUGUCUACAAGGUAAGACAUGUUACAUGACUAAGUACCUAAGUGUCUUCUCCAGCGUAAACAAGGUUAAGCUCAUCGGUAGUUGAGUCACUUUAAUAGAAUGCCUUGACAGGAGAACACGUUUAUUCAUCCAUUGCUUAUAAUUCAGGUUGAGACCAUUGGUGAUGCCUACGUAGUCGCUUCCGGGCUACCAAACAGGAAUGGAAUUAGACAUGCUGGCGAGAUCAGUAACAUGUCCUUAGAUUUGCUGUCAGCAAUGACUACUUUUAAAAUAAGGCAUGUUCCAGGAAGGCAGCUACAGCUCAGAAUUGGGAUUCAUACAGGUUAGAAACCUUCUAACUCAGCUUCAUUCCAGGUCAUGAGUUCAUAAACUGACUUGCACAAGGGUUUAACGGGAUCUUCCAAUGUGAGGAUCAGUCCUAUGUACAUGAUUCACACUUCACAGGUCUUCACACUUUCAUUUUUAUUUUCAUACAUAUUAACAAGAGAUUUCUUUGACCCGCAGAUAGCAAAUGCUAAUCGAGGCGAUACAAUUUUUUUCCCUAACUAACUUAAUUUAAUUACACUGGAAAUAAAACGGAAAUGAAGAAAUAUAACAUAAAAAGACGAAAGGAUACACAAGAACAGAAAAAAAGGAAAAUGACAGAUGUUCAGUUGUAAAGGAGAGAAAGUCCAAGAGUUUCUAAGUGUACGAAACAUAUUGUAGAAAUGGUUCAAUUUGGUCCGGUUGUGCUUUGUUUGAAUUUUAGCGUUAUCUCAUCAGGCUCCAUGUAAGAAUCUUCAGUUUCUAGGAUAUUGAGAUUAGCGUCUUGCUGACUUUAAGGGGCACGCCAAGUUAUAAAAUAAUUAUCACCAUAACAUGGGAGUUAUCACCACUUCAGCGUCGCCCUUAUGGAGCCCUGGAAAAUUUAACAGAAGAAAAAUAAAAGAUUUGGUAUGAGGAAAUUAUUUGUGUUUCUGACUUAAACAAUGCCUCCUUUCAGGUCCCGUGGUUGCCGGGGUUGUUGGUCUCAAAAUGCCGCGGUAUUGCCUGUUUGGUGACACGGUCAACUAUGCGUCAAGAAUGGAGUCUUCCGGUUUGGGUAAGGAAGAGCUUCUCAGCAUGCCUUACACUCACACGGGAGAAUUGUAGGAAAUUCCUUUUUUUCGCGCUGAUUUCAAUCUUAAAUUGGCUUCAGUGUUAUUCCCUACAAUGAAGAGGGUUCCAUAAAGGGCCUAGGUUGUUUGGGUAUGAAAGAUUUUGCAUGUAUGAUGUCUAACUAACAAGCGUUGAGCUGAGCAGUUGUACAUGAUUCUUUGGAACCGAUGACAUUUUUGAUCUUCUUGUUCCCUUCCCAGACACUCUCGUUCAGUCAGUUUCCAUUAAUAAGCGUGUACCUUUGUCACAUAAAAAAUUUAACUCAAAUUUCAUUUAUCUAUGGAGUAGCUUUCAACAUUUCCGCAGUUUGGUUAUCCCUUUCUCAAAAUUGUUGGCAAUUCAUUUUCAGUCCGCCUUUCCGGCUUUGACUCCCUCACUUACUAUAGCCCUACGAUUUUUCAGCUCUUCGAAUUCACGUGAGUCCUGAAUGCAAAGAAGUUCUUGAUGAACUUGGUGGAUACGUGUUGCAAGAAAGAGGUUUCGUUGAAAUGAAGGUAAGGGAGCCUUUAUCUAUUUUACACGAUCAAAUCUUUUAGAGCAAGUGCUUUGUUACUACCAGAGCUUAUCAGAAUAUCCUUGGCAUGAAGCAAUUAGGAUCGAAUGCAUACUGAAGUUUGUGUUCAAAUGUUCGUAGAAUCAUCUGUAACUGCCUCAGACGACGACCUGCCAUAAGUUAGCGAGUAGUCUUAUCAGUACUCUCAAGCAGCAAAUAUAAGUUGUACAUUCGAUGCUUACGAUAACCUAAAAUCCCAACUCAACGUGCUUUGUCCAGAAUGACGAUACAUUGUAAUCACGCUUUUCAUUUAACUUUCAGGGCAAGGGGAGCAUCCUUACGUAUUUCUUAAAAACAAGAGAAGGAUUUUACAAACCUCUUCCGGAUCUCUCCAUGGCGGCUGGCAUGGAAGAGCACUCUUUUAAGUAG